AUGGCCGACGAAAAGGAAGCAGUGCUGGCCACGGUUCAGAAGUUCUUGCACUCAAUCUCAUUGAGGCAACCCCCCUUUAGUGAAGCUCUUGAAUAUGUUUUGCCAGACGGCUGGUGCGUUUUAUCUCAUCCAGACGAGUUCUGGGUCGGUCGCUUCAGAGAUCUUGUUCCUAGAAUUGAAGAGAAAGUGACUAAAACCUUUGGCGACCUUGCGAGUAAAUUUGAAGAACGACUUGCAGAACCAGGUCCAGAGGUCUGGAUUCACGAAGAUCUCGCGGCUGUCUGGGCCGGCUAUCAAGUACACUUCGACAACAAAGAGAUUACCCGUGGGAUCAACCUCUUUGGGCUGCAUAAGACUGCAGAUGGUUGGAAGAUUUCUGGAGUUGCAGAUACCCAGCUUCCCGAGGGCCCGGAGCGAUCUCCUGUCCUGCAAACGGUCAGCCCCGAGGUUAUGAAACCAAUCGAUUACUUGUUGGAUAAUAUGACAGAGGGCAACUGGGACAAAAUACCGUCCGUUUUUGUGACGGGUAGUGGUAUCACAAACUCUAGAAGAAAAGACAACAUGCUGUUCACUUCGACAUGGCCUGAACUAUUGGUGAGACUGAAAGGAAUCAUUGACAAGUCCCCAUCAGAGAUUCGCGAACUCCUGUUUGACGUCGAGAUUCGAAUCUGUGGAGACUUCGCCUUUGCGUGGACGCCAUUUGUGAUCGACAUAAACGGCCAGACGGUUAGUAAGGGCGUGAACAUUUUCACGCUGGUAAGGAAAGAGGGUGAAUGGAUCAUUUCUGGAUGCCAAGAUACGAGCAUGCCAGUACAAUAA